AUGUCGGUGUCGGGGCUGAAGGCCGAACUGAAGUUUUUGGAGUCUAUUUUUGACCCAAAUCACGAACGAUUUAGGAUAAUUGACUGGAAACCAGACGAGCUAAGCUGCCAGUUUAAUGUGACCAGAGAGAAGCUGUUGAUCAUACACUGUAACAUUACGGAGUCCUAUCCAUCUACAUCACCAAUAUGGUUUGUAGAUUCAGACGACCCAUCUCUUGCACAAGUUUUAGAGCGGUUGGAAGAUGUGAGGAAAGGCAGCACCCUGCUUUUACAACAACUAAAGAAACUAAUUUGUGACCUUUGUCGGCUGUACAACUUACCCCAACAUCCGGAUGUUGAAAUGCUUGACCAGCCAUUACCUGCAGGUCCCGUAGGACAAGAUCGAAAGCAUGGGAUGGAUGAAGUUACAUCUGAGGAAGAAGAGGAAGAGGAGAUGGGAGAGGACAUAGAGGAUCUAGACCACUAUGAAAUGAAAGAGGAAGAACCUGUGGAAGGAAAGAAAUCAGAGGAUGAUGGUAUUGAAAAAGAAAAUCUAGCCAUCUUGGAGAAAAUUCGCAAAAACCAGCGGCAAGACCAUUUGAAUGUAAGUGAUGGAGCCGUGUCUGGAUCAGUGCAGGCAUCUGAUCGUUUAAUGAAGGAGUUGCGAGAAAUCUACAGAUCUCAAAGUUACAAGACAGGCAUCUACUCCGUGGAGCUUGUUAAUGACAGUCUGUACGAAUGGCACGUCAAAUUAAGAACAGUGGAUCCCGACAGCCCAUUGCACAGUGAUCUACAAGUUCUAAAGGAAAAGGAAGGGAUGGAUUAUAUCUUAUUAAACUUUUCCUACAAAGAUAACUUUCCAUUCGAUCCACCAUUUGUCAGAGUUGUUUCGCCAGUUCUGUCUGGAGGAUAUGUUCUCGGUGGAGGUGCCCUCUGCAUGGAACUUCUCACCAAACAGGGCUGGAGCAGUGCCUAUUCUAUUGAGUCUGUCAUCAUGCAGAUUAAUGCCACUUUAGUCAAAGGAAAAGCCAGAGUUCAGUUUGGAGCGAAUAAGAAUCAGUACAAUCUUGCCAGAGCACAGCAGUCCUACAAAUCUCUGGUUCAGAUUCAUGAAAAGAAUGGCUGGUACACACCCCCAAAGGAGGAUGGCUAG